CCUCCGCGUAUGUCACGGCGGAUUAGCAGCUGCGGCCAGCUCAGCUCCUGAGGAUCAGACACACACACAGCGGGGUGGGGGAGAGACAGAUUUAGCUUUGCGGGAGGAAGGGAUGUGAGCGUGCGUGGUGUGUGUCCCUCCCCACCCUCUGCACGGAUGAAACUCGCGCGUUCCUGCUAGCGAUCGGGGCGAGGACGAGGAAGAGGAACCUUCCCUCCGGGCUGGGACUCCACUUCCUGGAGAAGCCCUCCUUCCCGUGCGGAGUUUCGGCGGGGAUCCCGGCUUCACCUGGAGAGAACAGCAGCAGCAGGAGGAGGAGCCACAGCAGCACCUGUCCAAAAUGAAGGACCGGCUGGAGCAACUGAAGUCGAAACAGGACCAGGAUGAUGCCGAUGAUGACCUGGAAAUCGCUAUUGACAACACAGCUUUCAUGGAUGAAUUCUUUGCAGAGAUUGAAGAAACCCGGCAGAAUAUUGACAAAAUUUCCGAAAAUGUAGACGAGGCAAAAAAGCUGUAUAGCAUCAUCCUGUCAGCCCCAAUCCCUGAACCGAAGACUAAGGACGACCUGGAGCAGCUCACAGCAGAUAUCAAGAAAAUGGCUAACAGUGUCCGAAACAAACUUAAGAGUAUGGAGAGGAGUAUUGAACAGGAUGAGGUUCGAUCAUCAGCUGACCUGCGGAUACGGAAGUCCCAGCAUUCAGUCCUUUCCCGAAAAUUUGUCGAUGUGAUGACGAAGUACAACGAAGCACAGGUUGACUUCCGGGAACGGAGCAAAGGAAGGAUUCAGCGACAGCUUGAGAUCACCGGGAAGAAUACAACAGAUGAGGAGCUCGAGGAAAUGUUAGAGAGCGGAAAUCCAUCAAUAUUCACAUCUGGGAUUAUGGAUUCCCAGAUCUCAAAGCAAGCAUUGAGUGAGAUUGAGGGACGGCAUAAGGACAUUUUGCGGCUUGAAAGCAGCAUCAAGGAGCUUCACGACAUGUUUGUGGACAUUGCCAUGCUAGUGGAAAAUCAGGGAGAAAUUGUAGAUAACAUAGAACUCAACCUGGCGCAUACCUUAGAUCACGUAGAGAAAGCUCGCGAGGAGACCAAAAAGGCCCUGAAAUAUAAGAGUAAGGCACGCAAGAAAACAAUAAUUAUCAUUGUGAUAGUGGUUUCCUUGCUGGGAAUUUUAGCUCUCAUUAUUGGACUUUCAGUAGGGCUCAAAACAUGAAGGGCUGCUGGCUCUGAACUACACUCCCUGGUUUGAUAGCAAGACUCCCCCUCCUGAUCCUCACCACCAUGAUGUGACAUUCCCCUGCCUACCCUCCUGCCUUUGGCCUCUUGGAUUCAGUAUGAAUGGCUUCCUGCGGGAUGAGUUCACUUGCACCAGUGCUUCCUGUGAGAACUACAUACUGUUCCAGUUCCCUCCUUGGAUAAAGCUCUGCAGCCAGAAGAGUCUGACGUACCUUGCUGAAUCCAGGAUGUACAGCAAUCUCAUAGCACUCCAGAGAGAACCUCCCAACAUAUCUACUCCUUACCCUUCCUUCCCUUCCUUCCCACAACACCUGCUGCCUCCAGAUCAAGCAUUUCCUAUGUUUAAUCCCCCAUCCUUCAAGAAUAUUCUCUAGUACGGUGGAAUGACGGAAUUUUGGACACACCUUUGCCUACCUCAGUGCCUUGAUUAUUUUCAGCUGUGCCUUUUCCUUUUCUUUUAACAAUGGAGAUGUCUUUACUAGAGAUGUCAGACAUUACAUUGCUAGUCAAAAUUGCCCAGGUUAAGGGCCAGGACUUGAACUGGAUCUGCUACAUAACUGCUGACCACCAUCCCAUUGUAUACUGAGGCUAGCAUUCUGCCUUUUUUUUUUAAGUUUAGAGCAGAUUUUGCGACUCAUAAAUAUUUUGCAGGACACAAAUCUUAGCCUAUUGUAUACCACAGUAUAUCUUGCCCUGCUAUCCCCAAAGAGAGCUUGACUUCUAAAUAGUGGCACAGUUUGCAGUCAAUCGAGGCAAUCUUGGGAGAGGGAUAGCGGGUUAGGACCACAGGCAUAAAUGCAGCCAUCUAGGCAUGAAAACAGCUGGGUAAUCGAGCCAGUUUCCCUAAAUUAGGCUGUGAAAACUGCAUGCUACAUAGGUGGGAUAUAGUCGCUAGUACUCAAGCCCUCCAAAUCUGAGCUGCUUGUGUACUAAUUUCUUGGCUCAAAGCAGCCAGCAUUGCAAUAGAGGUGUGAUGUUUUGGGUGCUUAGAACUGGUCUGUGUUUGAAAAGAAAGAUGUCCUUAGAUGCCUAUGGAGGAAAGCACUCCUUGGGAAUAUGUGUGGUCUACAAAAUGGGUAGCCAACCUUAUUUGUUUGGAAUGCAUUCAGAUUUCUGAAAGCAGUAGAAUGCAAUUCCUUCCUGCAUUAAAAUAUUUGUUUUCCUUGGGCGAGUGUGCCUCUGUGCUGAAGGCAUGGUUGUGUAUGCCCUCUCUCCCCCAGUCCUGUGUGUGCAUGUUUGUCUGAUGACAUACUAAUUGGGAAGAAAUGAAAGGCUUUGUUUGCUUGGAAGUGUUGUUUUUCUACUGAGGGUUUCUACCUUGUUUGAAUGGUCACGUUGCCUCCAUUAAAUUGCUGUUCAUCACUCAGCCAAUUUGGUUUGCACAGCUGGGAAAAGCUGGUGUGGAGAAAGGCAGUGAGUUGGUUCAUAAGACAUACAAAUAAGGCAUGUUUUCGUGAUACUAUAACUUCUGCUGGGGAAGACUUUACUUUCUCAUUUAAAAGACCUCAAGCUUGUUAAAAGAGCAUAUUUAUAUGGUUUUUUCUCAAGGGUGGUCCUAGCAGUUGUUACGCUUUUGUGUUUUUGUAAAGUAAAAUCCCCCUCAAGGCUUGCUGCUUCCAAACAUGAGUUUUAUGGUUUUGUCUGAGAAACCCUUUGCUAUUAUUUUUCCUAUUCAGAAGUUAUUCAGCUGCCUCACUGCUUCAUUUUCAGUCAUAUCUGUGUCCUACUGCGGGUGUCACUCGCAGAAGCGAAGGGAUAUGACUGUGAAUUAGGCACAGAGAAAUGAAUUUGGCUAGGAAAGCAUCAUGAUCUAGCUCAGCAAAAAUGCACAGAAGGCUGAUUCAGGCUAGCCAUUGUAUGGGAGCAAGUCUCAGGCCCUUCUCUGAGAAGCAAGCGCCUAUGCUUCAGUACCUUUCACUUUCAGCACCAAUAAGUUCACUGCACGGAAGCCUACCUCACAGACUAAAUGAACCACAUUCCCUUUUUCAAAGGUGGGGAAUCAUCCUGGAACUAAGGGUUGAUAGAGAGACAUUAAUACGGCAAGAAAGCUUUAGGUCCUUUAGUUAAGUUUCUGUUGAAAUUUCUGUUGAAAUUUAAAUCAUAUAAAUUUAAUUUAUACGAAUUCUUCACCGGAAAGUCUGCUGUAGCUGUUAUCUCCCAUGGGAGAGAAAGCCCCUUUGACUGGAAUUGAGGAUUUGCUUCCUGGGGGAGAUGACCAUCUCCUGGACACUAGGAAAAUCUGGCUGGUUACCCGUUGUUCCACCAUUCAAUUCCAGCCAGUAUCUAGCCUGUCUAGUCUUGAUGUUGCAGUAACCAUACAAACACUUUCCUGCCAACUGGCAGUGACCUCUUUGAGUGCACAGAUGGAGCGAAGAGGAAAGUCUUCCUAGAGAUGUCCUUUCCUUUAGGCCUUGAUGUCUGUACAUUGUUAAGCGGUGCUUAAAAAGUUGGUGGACUGAUCACCCGUGAGAGCCAUCUGCAAAGCGGGGAAGACUGGAUUUCAAAAUACUGUGCUGCCUAUGGACAGCAGAGAUUAUAGGAAUUUGGUUUUGUCAAUGCUUUUUUUUAAUGAGCUGGUUUUUUGUUUUUAAUAAAUGAGUUUGAUGUUCAAAUAGUCUGUAAACUCUGUGCUUGUGUAUUGAACUUCUGGACUGGGUAUAGCCAUACAAGCCAUUAUAGUUAUUGUUUCGAGGGGUGGUGUGUACUUUCUUGGUCUUGUAUGGCUUUUGCCCAUAUCCUAUAUAUGCUUCAUCAACACACCUUGCAGUGGGUGGGUCUUGGGGAAGAAGGUUUGCUAUUCUUAACACAGGAUUGAGGAACUGCCUCUUAAAUACACCUGGAACAUAAAGUGGCUGGAUUCCACCACCGCUCCCCAUUGUCAUUAUGCCAGAUCUUUCAGGUAAGAUGAUUCUGUCCUGUCAACCUUCCCCAAACCUUGGUCCGCAGAUGUUGUGGUCUAUGACGCCCAUUAUCUCUGACCAAUUGGCCAUAUUGGCUAGGGAUGAUGGGGGCUAUAGUCCAAUUACAUCUGGGCACCCAAGGAGGAGGAAGGCUGCCAUUAAGAGUGUC